GCCCGAGGGAACCAAGACCAUCCCUACAUUCACUUUGAGCAGUCCAGCGUCCUGUUGUAAAAUCCAUGUCUUCCUCGUCGUAGGCAACCAUGUCUCUCAACCAGGCAUUCCCGAUAAGAAGCAAGGCACGGCUCCACAGGGUAACCCCUCUUCUUCGCCCAGCCUCCGUCCUUUGUCCAGCCACAGCAGCGAAUUACCAAGUAGAGCACCACAGCGCCAAGAGAAAAGCAAAAAAUAAAGAGGGAAAAUGCAGUCACGCCGAGUGCUGAGACUCGGAGGACAGAGAAUUGUCAUUGACACAGUACCACUCACGCCCGAGGCCUUCGCGCCGUUCGGCGACGUGGUCCAAAACCCGCGGCCGGACGUCCACCCAGCUUCGGCCGUAGCGGCACCGUCACUGCUAACGCCCAUCGACGCCGUAAUCGCCAACCAAGGCUCGGCCAUCAAAUACCAGCAUGUCUCGCGUCAGGUAAACCUCUACGACCAGGCGCCGAGCGGCCGUCCGGGGUCGGCAAUCAUGAGCAUCUUUGCCUGCGCAGCUCGCGCCCGCAUCCCGGACUCGCACCCCCCGGUCUCGGCUCCGGCUCCGGGUCCGGGCCAGGAGAACCCGGAACCCACUUUUGCGGUUUCGGUCUUGGAACGCCACCCCUUCACCACACAGACCUUCGUGCCGCUCACCGCCAAUCCCGCCGCGCGCUAUCUGGUCGUUGUCGCCCCGACCCUCCCGCCCAAGGACAGCGACGCGUCGCUCCCCGUCCCGGACCACCUCCCACCCUCCGCAGACUACCGGCGCCCUCUCCCCGGCGGCGGCAUGCCCGACCUCCGCCGUCUCCGCGCGUUUGUGGCGACAGCUGCCCAGGCCGUGACCUACGGCGCGGGGACCUGGCACGCGCCGAUGGUGGCCCUGGGGGAGGAGGGGACGGCGGUGGACUUCGUCGUGCUGCAGUUUGCCAACGGAGUCGGGGUGGAGGAUUGUCAGGAGGUUUUUCUGGAGGCAGAAUCGUCGCGGCCGGGGACUGGUCCUGAAGAAGGGGUUUUGGUCAAGCUUGGAUCGUUGGUGGAGCAGCAGGGGAGACAGUCGGGGAAUCUGCCAAGGCUGUGACCUUGGCCUCUGCCCGUUUAGCAUAACAGCUGCUGAGACCCUGUGCGCCAUGGGCGUCCGAACGUAGGUCCGAAGCAGGGCGGUCUUGGAAUGAUUAGCAGCUAAAUGCCAUCGUGCCAUGGAGGGUCACAGACCAAUGAGCCACCUGAUGCGGCCAGCCAAGCAUCUUACCUAGUGCUCUACACAGUAGGUUGCACCAGAUGCAUCUCGACGCAUCGAAUCGGCCUGCCUGUGAUCAACGCGAUGGCUGGGUUGAGGAGGUUGCCCCCGAGGGAGUUCACCCCGGGCACGGGGGCGCAGAUAUCGAUUCAGCACUGAUAUUGUGGGCUCAGGAUUGCUUAUACAGUGUAUUGUCCUAC